AUGACGAUUCAGUUACUGACGUCGGUUUCUCCACGCUCCUUCCUGCUCUCUUGUUCUGUCCACCUCUCUCCUCCUCUCUUCUUCCUGUUUGUCCUCCUCUCGUCUAAACAUUGGCAGGUUUUGGUGUUCGAGGGGCUCCUGCCGUCAUACUACAACCACAAGAAAUUCCUCUCCUUCGUACGCCAGCUCAACUUCUACGGCUUCAAGAAGGUCAAGGGAGGAGCGUCGACACGCUCGAGGUCUUCUGCGGCCGAUUCACAGGGCGAGGCGGGCGCGGGGUCGACCGGGGCGAGAGAAUCGGAUUCCUGGGAGGAGUUCAGGCACCCGCAGUUUCGCCGGGGCCGGAGGGAUCUCCUCGUGGGCAUAAAACGGCAGAAGGACGGCGGUCGCUUGAAGCGCAAACGAGACGACGAAGUUGAGCGCAGCGAAUGA